GGUGCGCACAAAGAAUACGAGCACUGGGUUCAUCAGCGCGUCAUUUCACAGCGCGUUAAGUAGAUCAGCAUCCAUUACACCAUCUAUUCACUACCUACAGACCUACUGGUUAUUUUAUUUCAUUGUUUUAAAUAUUCCCCAAAGAGCGGCGAGCGAGGCUUCGACUGUCCGCUCAACCAGAGGCGUUUCAUGCGCCUUUUCGCUCUGAAAGAGGACUUCACUGCUUGGAGCUGCACUUCUCGUUUCUUCUCAGAGCGUUUUGGGAGCAUUUAAUGUUCUGCGACUGAUAGAGCAGAAAGACAAUGAAGAGGUUAACCACACCUUUGAAAGCGGACAUCUCUUCAGUAGCCUCUUGACCAACUUUGUUGCGCAUUAAAAUGCGCCCGACAGAAGAGGAGUUGGAUGAUGAACUUUUUGCGCUCUUGUUGACAGACAGUUUCCAGUGAGCUUUUUUGCCGAGUGCACCGCCAGAAAACAAGGACCUCCUAUGUAUUUAAGAAAUAAUCCAACUCGGAGUCGGCUGAGCUCGUCAGUACUUUAAACUUUGCUGGUGAGUCUCCUGGAGGAUUUGCUGCGUUCACCAUGACGGUUCGUCUCUCGCGGAUCCAGCUGGCCCUGUUCUUUAUCUUGCUCUGUCCGGUCAAUAUCAUCGGACUCUGGUGGGCAGUGGGCAGUCCGCUGGUUAUGGACCCCAACAGUAUUUGCAGGAAGGCAAAGCGUCUGGCGGGGAAGCAGGCCGAGCUGUGCCAGACUCAGCCAGAAAUCGUCAGUGAGGUGGCCAAAGGAGCCAGGCUGGGCGUCAGGGAGUGCCAGUAUCAGUUCAGGUACCGCCGGUGGAACUGCACCAGCCACAACAAGUAUUUUGGCAAAAUACUGCAGCAAGAUAUCCGGGAAACAGCAUUCGUAUAUGCCAUCACAGCGGCUGGUGUGACCCAUGCUGUGACCCAGGCCUGCAGCAUGGGAGACCUCCUGCAGUGUGGCUGUGAGGCGACCAGGAACAGAGCACCUCCGAGGCCAUCCUCAGCCUCCUCCUCUGGGGACGGGGUCAAGUGGGAGUGGGGGGGCUGUGGAGAUGACGUGGAGUUCGGAUACGAAAAGUCAAAACAGUUUAUGGAUGCCAAGAGGAGAAGGGGCAAGAGUGACAUCAGGACACUUGUUGACCUACACAACAACGAGGCUGGGCGGCUGGCAGUGAAGCUCUACAUGCGGACAGAGUGCAAGUGCCACGGACUGUCUGGCUCAUGCACCUUGCGUACGUGCUGGAAGAAGAUGCCUCAUUUCCGGGAGGUGGGCGACCGCUUGCUGGAGCGCUUCAAUGGCGCCUCCAAAGUGAUGGGCGGCAACGAUGGCAAGACUCUGAUCCCCGUCGGCCAGAACAUAAAGCCGCCAGACAAGCAGGAUCUGAUCUACUCUGACGAGUCGCCGGAUUUCUGUGUCGCAAAUAGAAAAACUGGUUCACUGGGGACAAAGGGUCGAAUGUGCAACAGCACAGCCAUGGACAUCAGCGGCUGCGACCUGCUGUGCUGCGAGCGCGGCUACCGGGAGGAAACAGUGGCGUUUGAGGAGAACUGUCUGUGUCGUUUCCACUGGUGUUGUGUGGUCCAGUGCAAGAAAUGCUUGGUACGAAAAGAGCUUAGUCUCUGUCACUGAUGAACUUCUGAACUGAGGUUGAGUUCUGUCAAUAUGACUUGGUUGAUCUGAGAACUUCUGUUACUUUUUUGUGGUUUUUGAUCUAGCGUGAGAGAAGGACUUUCAUUGUGUUACUUCUGCUCCUGUUUUUGCACCAGUCACACUCAGAGUAUGCCCAAAAAUGUUCAUUUCAAACAACUGUUGAUCCCUUUUGAUGCUUGCCAAGGGUUCACUGGGUGCAGAAAGCAGUCACUUGAGAAUAAAAGACAAGAGGGGCUGUAAGAAGCAAACAAAAAGUGGAUGGAGAACUUUUUCUUUCUGAACUACCUAUUUUUGUACAUGAAAAAGGACCAAAGAUUUUGAAGUUUUCCCAUCUCUUUAAGGAGGCCUUCAUGUGGCACAUGGUUCAAUACCACCACCAGAUCAGUAGCUUGUCAAUUUUUCAUAGUUAAAUCUGUUUGCUGUUUUGAAAAUGCAAAGCUUUACAGGCUGGUGACACCAGUUGCAGUAAUGAGCUGUGUCCCAGUGCAGGGGUAGUAUCCUCUGAGGGACCCAGCCUUUGUAGGCUGUGUGGACUACUCGGGUCAAACUGAAGUGAGAGGGUCUGGCCUAUGGAGGAUUUCCAGCAUUUCCCGCCCUUAUCCUUGCAUCCCAAUGCACAGCUCACAGUCCACAGCUGGUGUCUAGCAAAAGCAAACUAACUGGCUAACUAGCUUGCAAAGCUAGCAUUACAUAACUUAACCAUCACAAUCCUCAUCGAAAACACAAUUUCAAAUUUCAAGGCAUCUUUAUUUUUUUAACCUUUCUAUUAGGCUACCUGCUGUUUCAUUGAGUUGAGUCCAAAUACUAAUACCUACCAGUGCAUUACUCCGCCGCUUGAAACUCUGCCAUCUCUUUGAAUUAAUUUGGCACACAAAGUAACGUUGCUCUGCCAAGGAUUCACCUGAUGCAUCCUUAGCAGCCUGGGAAAAGUUGGAUGUUAGCUGCAUUUGAAAGACACUUCGAAAUGGGACAGCCUUUGAUAAAUUUAAACUUCAGUGCGCCUUUCAAAGGACGUAUCGCCUGAACUGAGAUACAGCUAGAACGUCUAAUUUGGCUGUUAACUAAGCCCUCUCUUCUAUUAAUACAUCCUGUUUCCACCCCUGUCAAACUUUAACUUCCCCCAUAACAAGUGCUAGAAAAGUCAUUCAAGAUGACAGGUCUUCUUUAGAUGGAUCCCAGAUGUUAUCAGUGUGUAUGGGUAUUGUUUUGUCUAUAGUAUUAAAUUGGGCAUGCUAACACUGGCAGCUUAAUAAGAGUGAGCCCUGUUUUAUCCAUUUAUACUUAAACAUGUCUGGGAUAUUUAAACGGCUUACACGCCCACUUUCAUUCAAGCUAUUACUUUAAUAAUAGUAAUUAUUAUUAUCAUUAUCAUAAUUAUUAUUAUUACUUUAAUUAUACAAAUUAUUACUUUUACAUUAACCCCAUGAAAAAAAGCCAGGUUAUGUAUUGCGCAACUAUAAUUGGACGAUGUUGUUCAGGGGAGGGGCCUAGUGGGUCGUCACAUGUUCAUUGGCUGCUAAUCUCCAGGGGUGACACUGACUAUUAUGACACCUUUUGAGCCUGUAGAGAAAUAUUAAGUUUGCUGUACCAUGAUAGAAACAUCAACGGUCACACUUUUGGCCCGAAUUCUAGUCCUUCAUUCUUACCUUGGACAUGUUUUCAGAGAAUGACUGUCACCAUAAAAUGUAACAGCGCAACCGUUUUGUCAUGCUUUUGUAUUCACAGUAAUCAGAGCACCUUUGCAUUGUGAUGAUUGAUGUCUUUCUCCUUGCUAAACUAAAUGCUGCUUUGCUGUACAUUUUCUACAAGCACACCCCAUACAAAACGAUUCUGGUCUUGAAUACACACACAAAAAGGGAAAUGGUAUAUCAUUUGAAGAAUGCUGUUGGCGCUAUCUUCUGCAGCUGUGCCAGCAAAGACUGUUAUUUAUAUAAAGAUAUGACAACAAGACUACUCACUUCCAUCUCUCUCUGAAGCACUUUGGAUACAACGACUGCCGCGGACCUCCUCAGUAGCUUGGCAAAUCAAACCUUCACAGCUGUCUGUUUGAAUUCAGACAUUACUCGGUAUCACGAAAUGUAAAUAAUGUAUUUUGUUUAUCUGUGAUGUUAUACAGGGCUAAUGUAAUAAUGCACUUUGGAUGUUAGCUUUCAUGUGAUACUGUAUAAGCAUGUGUGAGUGUGUGUGUGAGUGUGUGUGUGCGUGUGGGUGUGUGUAUGUCUGAAAGAAACUAUUAAGGAUGUGUUUUUGCAGGUUGGCCAGUUACCACAGUAUAAUUCAGUCAGCAGUACUUUCUAUAUAACUUAAAGUUGCUGUCUGAUGUUAAACUUCAUUUUAUUGGUUAUUAAAAGCACAGUUCUCUUUGACUCUCUGUCUCAGUGUGAGGCAGACAAGAUCUUCUGUUUGUUGCUUGUUUUCCGGGGAAGUGUGUUCCCCAUAAAUCAUAAAUCAUGUCAUCUCAUUUACACUGAAGUUUUAUUACCAGACAGUGUAUACUUUACAACGCUGCUUCCCCCUUGUUCUGUUAAGGCUGCUUGUCUUGGAGGAUCUUAUCUUUUCUAAAAGGACUCAGAAUCACUCUGCUCUAAACUGAAAGUCAGUGUAGUCAAUGAUUCAGGAAGCUAUCAUGACUCAGAUCUGACAGUUCCAAGUAAUGACAAAUACAAAGUGGUAGUGAGUAACAUGUGUUAGGAUAGCGUCAUUACAGACAGUUUCUCCCUUGCAGCUCAAAACUGUGUAAAACAUUACUUAGUUUUGUAACAUAGUUUAACAACCUUUCAUGCUUGCAUCUAUCAUUAUAAAAAGUGAUAACACUAUUUUGGGUUCUUGAAUUUCUAAUGCAUUUAAGACAUGAUCGUCUGUCUUUGAUAUGGACCCUAUAUUUUUUUGCAGAUAUCAUGUGCAGAUCCAGAAUGGUACCACAGGACAAAGUAACACUAUUAUUACGCAGCAUUUGUACACAAUUGCAAAGUUAAGUCUUUCAACAGCAAAGUGACUUUAAUGAUAUGAAAUAAUACAACUACCACACACAAUGGUAACAAGUAACUCUAGGAUGUAUAUGAUAUGAUACAACAAUAAAUCCACUAAUGUUAUGAUGGCAUGGUUUUCACUUGGUUACUGAAGGUGUGUAUUUGACUUAAGAUGGUAAAGACCUCAAAAACAAAGUAUCAUCAACAGGGCUUUCUAAUUAUGUGAUCAUAUCUAUCUCUUAAAUUAAGAUAGGCAUGAUUAAAUGUUCAUUUCCAUAUCCGUGCAUGUUCUGAAUACCGUCUUGAUAUAUUUUUUGACCCUAACCAAGUUUGGCUUGAGCCAACAAAAGAUGAGUAAAAGGAAGAACAACAGAAAUGUAUUCCUACCUUAAUGUAAUAAUACUUUUGGUUGAGAGAAUCAUUAUGUAACACUUUCUGAAGCAGUCAGAGUUCCUUUAAGGAGUUUUUUUCAUGUUGUAAAAAAACAGACUGAUGUUGGUAAUGAUAUCUUUCUAUGGCCUACGAAAUUAAACCAGAAUAUUUGCAACACGAUUGAUUCAUACUUUGCAAUUUGGUGCACAAGAUGCACUUUUGAUUCCUUUUUGGGAUGUAAAAAGUGAGUUGCAUCCUAUACCUUGAUGGUAUGACCAAUACACCAAUGCAAAAUGCAAAGAGGUGUUUUAUGGUGUUACGUUUUUUUACCCAGAAGAUUGUGCAAAGCUAAAGCAGACCAAUCGAGUGGCGCCACUUUCACCCUCAUUAGGUCAUAAUAAUGUAUUUAGAGGAAAUUGUGGUUUAUUACUAAUUGAAUAAACCUUAUGUAGUGCUGGUUUGAUUGAAAAGACUUCUAAAUUUAUACAAGUGACCAUCGGGGGGUGACGCAAGUCUUGGCAAAUUGGGCAGUGGGUCGAACCGUAUCUCACAACUAUCAACUUUACCACAAAUACCAUAAGGGUAGCUUGCAUGGUGGCAAUAACAGACAAUGCUAGACAGUGCUACAAAUCUGCAGAGAAACUACAAUUGCUGAAUGCAGUCAGAGUCUUCACAUAGGUACACAGUUUAACCCCUUUUCCACUGAGAGCCACCUAAAAACAGACUGAGUUUAUACACUAGUGAGACUUUAUUCUGACAUUUUAAUACUUAUUUUCAACACAUGUAAACCCAAUGGUGGCUGGGCAUCACACAUAUUGAUGGGCAGCAUCCAACAGAAACAGCCUUUGUAUUCCAUGACAAAGAUAUACUGCUUUGUCCACAGGGGGGCGCCAAAAUCGCCACAGCCCAAAAAGUUACUCACAGGUGCUUUAAGUGUCAGCCAAUUACUAAUGCAGCCCAUCUUUGGCCAACCUGCUGGUGUAAACGAACAACUUCACUUUCCACAGGUGUUCAUGAAUUUAUCAGUUUGUUAUCUAUUGGGAAGUGUUUUGUUAUUUUCUUCUUUUGUAAGUUUGUUUUUUUCAUAAAUCAUUUCAUAUCCGGAUGUCGGUUUUUCAUUUAGCCUAAAACUUUGUGACUCACAUUCAAAACCCUAUGCAAAUAAAAAGAAAAACAG